AUGGUGCAGAAAGCUCCAGCACCUACCAAGCACUUCCAGAAGAUCUCAGGUCUUCCUACUCUGCCGGGACCUACUGGUAGAAUCCAGGUUGAUCGCGUUGCUAAGGACCAGAUUAAUUUCGCGAGUGAGGUUGACGUCCUGAAGCACCAGAAGCAUAAGAGAGGUGGCAACAGUGGGGCCCCGUCUGGCUCUACAAUCCGGAAGCAUAUCGAAUCGCAGCACGCUGGUUCACCUAGCUACCGUGGUCUUUAUGUGGUCACGGCGAACGCCUCGAAGAGUUGGUUGUGA